AGGAAACGGUCGCAUAACUGAGCGUGAAGUCACACUUCUGCUUGGGGCUCACAGACGGAUAACAAGGAGAAAACUGCUUAAACAACAGUUAUUCCAACUACAAACCUCGACCGUUGACUGUCCUCACGCAGAGAGAAACACGACUUCAGUGGUUUCUACUCACGGCUUGAAGGACCUUCAUGUAAUGACUUUUACACCUGCCACUUCAUCUGCUGAGAUACACCAGGAUGCUUUGUGAGGGCAGAUUGUUGAGCAUGACUUUCUGUGAAUUGGAGGAGCUGGACUCCCCCCCCCCUCGGAGGUCUCUCCAGAGUCCUCAUGGGCAGCCCAGAGCAGCUGCCACCCUCGUGUCAGGCUCCGCUAAGCACGCUCCCCCCAUUCGCCGCACUUCCCCUGAGCAGAUCGGUAGCGCGGACAACAGGAGUGCUUCAGUCGAGUUGUACAUCUCCCCCCCAGAGCCCUUGGGUCUCCGUAGAGCCCAUCCAAGCAAUCGGAUCUCUCCAGAGAUAGAGAUCCCAGCUCAGGCUCACUCAGGUGGCGAUGGCCCUUUCUUGGUUCCCUCCUUCUGUCAGAGCAUCUGCCAAAACUACAGUGACCUCCAUAUUGGAGGUGACCAGGUGCUGCCUCUCUCAGCGAAUGAUGGUGAGCUGAGGCUCUGCCCUGACGCCCAGCCUGCGGGCCCCUUCCUCCAGUCCUGUGACGUCCCCCUAGCUGUGGAGGAUUCUCUCCCAGGGCAGACAUCUCAAGGUGGGCUUCUGUAUCCGCUGAGGGGAGGCUCCAGUCGCUGGAGGCUGGGGAGCGCCCGCGAUCGGAGCUUUUUGUUCCAGGGGCAAGAGGGGCCAUUCUCCAACUCCGUUCUGAACCACUACCUGGAGCAGAAACUCUCGGAUCUGUACCAGCAAUACAUGAUGGAAAACAUGGCGAGAGAAGAUCCAGACCAGGGUCCCGUUUGCCCGCUCCUGGGGUCAGAGCUGUUCCUGACCAGCCUGGACCAGAUCACCAUGAAGCUGAGUCGGGACGGGAACCUGGAGGCCAACCGGGCCAAGGACAUGGUCCUGAGCUGCCUGCUGCGGGUAGCAGGUGACAUGCAGUCAAGUGAGAUCAGCACACCCUGUCUGCAGAUUUCAAACGAGGCAUCAAGGGAGCAGCUCGCAGAGAACAAGGAGGAGUAACCUGACUCCCUUUCAUUUUCACCACCAACAGAAAAUACAAUACAUCUAUUUUUUUCUUUUGUUAGCCACUGGAAGGAUUUUGCAACCGAGUUCUGUAUAUUAUAUUAAUAAUUACCCGAAGAUUUGCUGCAUUUAUUUGUCAUAAUAAUAUGCAGCCAUACAACUGGCAUGUGUGUAUGUUAUUUUACAUUUUCAAAAGGACAAUAAAUACAGGAAAUGAAAAUUG